AUGACUCGGAACUGGAGGCUGAGGAGCCCCCCCAGCCCCCAAGGGCUCCUCCACCCCCCCAUGCCCCCCAGGCUGCACAAGCCCCCGCGGCCGGCCUGGAGAGCCGGUCGGAAGGACGGCGAGGCGGGGCGGGGCGGCGGGACUCCGCAGGUGGGACUCGAGCUGUGCCCCCCCGCCCCGGGCCCCUGCCUCCGGCCCACGCCGGUCCCGCUGGGCACAAGCCUGCCAGAGCCCGUGGGGGCGGUGGCCGGGGCCGCCCCCCUUGGGCUGGCUGUCCGGCUCCGGCCGCCGCCCUCUGGCCCGGCCACGCGGUCCAAACGGGCGAGGGGGCGAGAGGGGGCGAGGGGGGGCAGCCCGCCGGCCAGUCCUGCGCCCACCGACCCACCGCUGCCGGGGCAGGACUGGCGGCGGGCAUCCUUUGCUCCGGGGGGUGGGGGCACCAAAUGCCCCGGGCCGGGCCGGCCUCCUCCUUCUGGGCGCCCAGCCGGCAGGAAACGGCGGCCGGGCCGGAGCGCCGGCGACCCCCCCCCCUCCGCGACCCCCGACGCCCCGCGCCCGGCCUCCGCGGCGGGGAGAGCCGUCGGCGGUGCAAGAGCGCUCUCUGUCGGCCAGAGGAGGAACGGCGCCCCCGGGACCCGGCGCGCCACACGCCUCCGCGCGGCCGGCUGGCUCGGGGUCAGCGGCCGGACCCGGCCGGCCCAGCGGAGCCCCCCCCCCGCCCCCCCGGCAGGCCUGGCCCCAGCCCGGCUCCCCUUGGAGGUGCGGUCUUCUCCGGGCAGGCUCCCCUGGAGGAGGCUGCAGCAACGAGGGCUCUGGCCCCCUGCGGACUCCAGCAAGGCGCUGGGGGGCGGAGAAGAGAGCGAGAGCAUAAGCCAGCACGGAUGA